AUGAGCAAGGCGUAUGGACUUUUCUACUCGUGGGAACUCCUCCCCGCCCUCACCGUGAUGGGCGUUUUCCUCACCACGGUGCCUAUGGGCACGUACGCCGGCUUCAAGCUUAUCCUGGGCGAGCCCAAGAAAAUCGCUGCCAAGGCCAUCGAGUACGAGUCUGAGCUGCGCAACCACAACCACGGCGUCAAGAAGCGCUACUACGGCCACUCCAAGACCGCCUCCUCCGAGACCCACUAA